AUGGAGCCAGAUACGCCAACCUUAUUCCCUAAUGAUGUUGAUCAGAGCAAAAAGAACCGAGACUCUUCGCCUGUCUUCCCACUACUCAAUAAUGAUGAAACAGCGGAUGCGCUGUCCUCAGAUGCUGCGAGACAAAACCGAGUUGGCGAAGAUGACGUGGAUGAAGAACCAGCCGUCGCGAAACCUUUUGUCCGAACGUCUAGCCCGGAUUCUGCGGCCCGAACUGCCUAUGCGUAUGACGACAAGGGAUUUGACCGCCUCGAUCGCAAAAUGCACAAGUUCAGCCUUUACGAGACUGCAACCCGAUACUAUAUUGUUGGUGGCGAUGUGACGGAACGUCGGUAUCGGAUUCUGAAGAUUGAGCGGACAACGGACGACUCAGAGUUGAGCAUUACGGAUGACAAGAUUAUUUACAGUCAGAAGGAGAUGAAUCAGCUCCUGGACACUAUUGACGAUGGCAACAAGGGGACAGGAGGCAUCAAGCUUCGGUGCACAACAUGGGGCCUCCUCGGAUUCAUCAAGUUCACAGGACCAUACUACAUGCUCCUAAUUACAAAAAAGAGUACAGUGGCUAUGAUUGGUGGGCACUACAUCUAUCAAGUAGAUGGUACAGAGCUGGUGCCGCUCACUCCUACCCGGUUCAAGGCCGACGUUAGAAACACAGAGGAGUCCCGCUUCCUAGGGAUACUGAACAACCUCGAUCUGACGAGGUCAUUCUAUUACAGCUACUCCUAUGACAUCACUCGUACUUUACAGCACAACUUGAACCGGGAGCGAGAGGCUCUUGCCCAAGGGUUGCCCGGUGCUAUGGAUGACUUCAACGGCAUGUUCGUAUGGAACAGUCACUUACUGCAGCCGGCGAUGAAGGCACUGAAAGACCCAUUCGACUGGUGUCGUCCCAUCAUCCACGGAUACAUUGACCAAGCUGCGCUGUCGAUCUACGGACUUUCAGAGGCUCUUACCACGUCUUUCCAUGCACCUGGCCCAAGGCUCUUCUCCAGCCCGCAGUACACGUCCUAUGUACAGCACAGAGGAAGCAUUCCCCUCUACUGGACGCAAGACAACACAGGCGUGACCCCCAAGCCUCCGAUCGAGCUGAACCUGGUGGAUCCGUUCUACAGCGCUGCAGCCCUACACUUCGACAAUCUCUUUGAGCGUUACGGCGCCCCAAUCUACGUCCUCAACUUGGUCAAAGCCAGAGAGAGAACGCCACGAGAGUCAAAGCUCCUGUUGGAGUACACCAAUGCGAUCAAUUACCUCAACCAGUUCUUGCCUGAAGGACGCAAAAUAAUCCACAAAGCUUGGGAUAUGAGCAGGGCCGCAAAAAGUCGCGAUCAAGACGUUAUUGGGACCCUGGAGCGCAUUGCCGAAGAUGUUGUUGUCACCACCGGAUUCUUCCAUGACGGCGACGGUAACAUCAAUCCAACCAGCGUCCAGAAUGGAGUGGCCCGGACCAACUGCAUCGACUGCCUAGACCGCACAAACGCAGCGCAAUUUGUUAUUGGGAAAAGGGCGCUCGGCCACCAGCUUCAUGCCUUGGGGAUUCUCGAGGACACAUCUAUCAAUUACGACACCGACGCCGUCAAUCUUUUCACGCAUAUGUAUCACGAUCAUGGUGACACCAUAGCUGUUCAGUAUGGCGGCUCCCAGCUUGUGAACACCAUGGAGACAUAUCGUAAGAUCAAUCAAUGGACUAGCCAUUCUCGCGACAUGAUUGAGAGUUUCAAACGAUACUACAACAACUCAUUCCUUGACGGACAGCGCCAGGAGGCCUACAAUUUGUUCCUUGGAAACUACAUCUUCGCCCAGGGACAGCCAAUGUUGUGGGAUUUGGCGACCGAUUACUACCUCCACCAUGCAGAUCCCCGCACAUGGUCCGAAAAGACUAAACGGGAUUACAUUGAUUGGUUUACACCGGAGAAUCUACAGGAGCGCAAAUUCCCAGCCUACAGCCCACCUCCUGGCGAUGCGAAGAAGAUGCCCGUAUCCUUUUUUGACGACUAUUGGGUCGAGUACUACAGGCCAUCCACCCUUUCGUCAUUUCUCAAAAUGUUUCCGUACAAGAUGAAUUCUACCAUCAAAUAUAUACCGUUCAAAUCCACCCAAGACGGUCGAUAUGACCUGAGCCCUUUCAGAGUGCGCAAUGAGACCGACAUGGAUGCGCAUGAGAAAAAAAAGCCGAAGAAGGAGGUGACGAUCGUUGAUCCGCAGGACUAUCGGUCUCCGCCAGAUCUGGACGCAGCAUCUGUCAUAUCGGACCGAACAACAGGCGGUAAAGGAAUUUCGAUCCACCGCUGGCUGCAGCCGAUGCAGGAAAGGGUUGUUGGCCAUCAUGGAAUCAUGAAGGAGACGCAGGCGGAACCUCAGGGGUCGCCCAAGAUGAAGCCCACAGCCCAGGAGAAGACAAAAGCAGCACAAUGGACAUUCACGAAGGUGGUCAACGAGUCUCUGAACCCGUCAGUCAGUCAACAAGAAGCCGCGGAUUAUGAGCGGUACAUCAGCCACCCACAGAACCUGCCCUUGGUUGUAUCAGCCGAGGCACAGGCCGAGAACCAGUCUGAGUACCAGGAUUAUGUCCAGAGCAGCUGGCAAAGCGACCCGCUUACGCCUGUGGGUGCUGAGGAAGAUAUCGCUGUCUACACCGAGCUGCUCAAAAUUGGAAGCAACCCGCUCACAGUGACAGAGGAGGAUGCACGAAAAAAGCGAUACAAAGCGUAUAGAAAAUGGUUGCGCGGGAAGUCCUUCUUCAAGCAACAGCCUCUGGACUGA